UAGUUGAUAGUAGACUGAGAAGAUAUUGCUUAAUAGGAUAUAUAGUAGGGUUUUACCUUCACCAUGGAGCUGGGGUUGGUUACCAUGUCGAGAGCAGCAUGGGUUGCAGCGAUUAUACCCAUUCUCAUUGCCUUGAUUCCUUCCUCUAAGCUUCGUUGCUUUCACGAAUUCCUGCUGGGUUUCGCUAAGAGAGGCAAGAUCAUGCAAUCUUCUAACAAUAAAUUUACUGUUCCUCGGAAAUUUUUCUGUCAUUUUUAUAUUCUUGCUAUUCUUUGGACCACUCUUCUGCUGGUUGCAAUGUCACUUUAUGCAUAUACGACUACAACAGUAAUCUCUGAGUCAUCACUUUUUUCUAGCAUUGUAAGCGAUUUGACGGGAGGCUCACACAUUCUUUCCCUGCAUACAUCAAAUUCAUCAAAGGAAAAUAGAAGCAAAGUUCUGCUAUCUGUCUUUCUGCUUUUACUAAUGGAAACCCAGGCAUUGCGACGUCUUUUUGAGUCAAUAUAUGAAUUUAAAUACAGUCCGUCUGCCAGAAUGCACAUUCUUGGCUACUUCGUGGGCUUAUUUUUCUACACAGCUGCUCCUUUAUCGCUUUGCUGCAAUUUUGCUCUGGAGGUUUUGGAAUUCAUAGCGAGUUUGGUCCAAGAGUUUAUUGCUAAAGGGAAAGAGAGAAUUCAAGUCGCCGAGUUUGAUUGGUGGGAAUUCGUAAACCCUCUGAUGCAACUAAGAUGGUAUGCAUGGGUUGGUGCAGCUAUUUUCUUUUGGGGUUGGAUUCAUCAGCACCAUUGCCAUGCUAUUUUGGAAAAAUUGCGGAAGAACAGAGAACAAUUCGAUGAUUACAUAAUCCCUCAUGGUGAUUGGUUUGAAUAUGUUUCGUCUCCACAUUAUCUGGCUGAGAUAGUUAUAUAUGGUGGUCUCGUGGUUGCAAGUGGAUGUUUGGAUUUCACAGUGUGGCUACUCCUCACUUUUGUGGUACUAGUUGGAAAAAAAAAACGCUUAUCCUUUACACAUUAA